CUCUCAUCAAUUCUCUCUCUAAACCCCCCUCGCUCUCUAUCCCAGUUCGUCCUUUUCCUGCCUUUCCCAUCUUGCUCCGGCGAGAAACAAAUGUCGCCGGCGGGGAGGAAACGGCGGGUACGGUCAGGGGAGGAAGGAGGAAGAGGAGGAGAAGUAAUAAGGAAGUUCUACCCUGCUCCGUUGGCAGCCCACGAGGUUGUAGUUGAAGAUGGUGUGGCCUUCUGGAGCACUCUCAGGCGCUUCCAUUUCCUCAUGGGAACCACCUUCUCGAUUCCUGUGAUUGGAGGGAAAUACCUGGAUUUGCAUGUCCUCUAUAUUGAGGCCACGAAAAGGGGCGGUUUUGAGAAGGUGGUUGCAGAGAAGAAAUGGAAGGAAGUGGGCUCGGUGUUUCGAUUCUCUCGCACAACGACAAGUGCUUCCUUUGUGCUAAGGAAGCAUUACCUUGAGAUCCUGUACCAUUAUGAACAAGUCCACUUGUUUAGGGUCCAGGGUCUAAUCUUUGCCGAAAUCGGCAAACAAAAGGCAUCUCGUCGUCGGACUGGAGGACGACGGUCUUUCAGGAAGCCUACAGUGGCCGUUUUACUAGGCUCUUCUUCUGCUCCUCAUCCCAACUCUGUUCGAAAUUCAUCUAAUCCGGUCCCUGCUAAGGAGCCAUCCACAUUUACCGCGACAGGGACAAUCGAAACCAAAUUUGAGUCGGGCUACAUAGUCUCUAUGAAAAUUGGUACAGAGAUCCUAACCGGAGUUCUGUACCAUUCUGUUGUUGCGCCCUCUUCUAUUGUUACCGCCCAGGCCGCCCCUCCUCGGGGCGUCACAACCGCUGCCGCCCUAGUGUCGUUCGCACCUAGGAGGUCCCGGCACUACGGAGGGGGCGGCGACGGCGGCCGGAGAAGAAGGGACAGCAGAAGAAGGAUGGAGGACCCUGACUACCCUAAAUCCAACAGGAGUGGCUACAACUUCUUCUUUGCGGAGCGGCACUACCAGCUCAAGAAGACGCACCCCAAACAGAAGAGGGAUUUCACCAAAAUGAUUGGACAGGCUUGGACCAAUCUCAGUGCAGAAGAGAAAUCGGUAAAACUGUGUGAAUUAAAGAAAAGGGUCCAAAAAGGUGUGUAGGUGUAUCAAACCAUAGGGAUGAAGGACAAGGAAAGGUACAAGAGGCAACUGAAGGAGUAUCACGAGAGGAAGAAGCUGAAGCUAGCUGCUGAAGGCUCUCCAAGUUUUUAAUUUAAAUUUAGACGAAACAUAGAGUAAGAGUGUUGUCAUCAAUUUGGCGAAUGGAAAUGGAAAAGUGGGUAUUUGGUAUUGAAGACCAGGUGGUUUAUAGACUAAUGUUUCAUUUUGGAUGGAAUUGUUAACUUAUGUGAGCUAAGUUUAUCAUUGAUAUGAAGGGCUUUAAA